AUGGCAGGCAAAGGAAGUAAUACUGAUUGCAUGUCAUGCAGUGUACUGAGCUGGGAGCAGGUCAGCCGUCUGCAUGAGGUUCUGACAGAGGUGGUUCCAAUCCAUGGACGGGGCAACUUCCCAACACUGAAAAUAACCCUGAAGGACAUUGUUCAGACCGUUCGCAACAGGCUGGAUGAGGCAGGCAUCCAAGUACACGAUGUCCGGCUGAAUGGCUCUGCAGCUGGUCAUGUCUUGGUCAAGGAUAAUGGACUGGGUUGCAAAGAUCUGGACCUAAUUUUCCAAGUGUCCCUGCCAACUGAGGCUGAGUUUCAGCUCGUCCGAGAUGUGGUGUUGCGGUCCCUCUUAAACUUCUUGCCAGAGGGGGUGAGCAAACUAAAAAUCAGCGCAAUGACUUUGAAGGAAGCCUACAUCCAGAAGCUAGUGAAAGUGUGCACAGAGACGGACCGAUGGAGCUUAAUAUCCCUCUCCAACAAACAUGGCAGGAAUGUAGAGCUGAAGUUUGUAGAUCGCAUACGACGACAGUUUGAGUUCAGUGUGGACUCUUUCCAAAUCAUACUAGAUGCCUUGCUUUUUUACUAUGACUGCUCAGAAAAUCCUAUGUCAGAGCACUUCCAUCCAACUGUAAUUGGAGAGAGUAUGUAUGGAGACUUUGAGGCAGCCUUUGAUCACCUCCGAAACAGACUGAUAGCUACCAAGAAUCCUGAGGAGAUCCGAGGUGGUGGGCUCCUGAAGUACAGCAACCUCUUAGUGCGGGAUUUCCGGCCCAUGGACAAGGAGGAGAUUAAAACUCUAGAGCGCUACAUGUGCUCCCGGUUCUUCAUAGACUUCCCUGACAUCCUGGAUCAGCAGCGCAAACUAGAGACUUACCUCCAGAACCACUUCUCCAAAGAGGAGAGAAGCAAAUACGACUAUCUCAUGAUCCUGCGCAGGGUGGUAAAUGAGAGCACAGUGUGCCUCAUGGGACAUGAGCGGAGACAGACUCUCAACCUGAUCUCGCUGCUAGCACUUAGAGUGUUGGCAGAACAAAACAUCAUACCUAAUGCCACUAAUGUUACCUGUUAUUAUCAGCCAGCACCCUAUGUCAGUGAUGGGAACUUCAGCAACUACUAUAUUGCAAACUCUCCCAUCCCCUAUAGCCAGUCUUAUCCCACCUGGCUGCCUUGUAACUAAUUUCUAACUUGAGUAUUUCUUAAAUGGAAUCUUGUGUGUGGUGGGAACCAUUAAUCAGCCAGAGAUUUUCUAAAGGGAAUCUGUGGCUUACCUCUGGUUCUGCUGUUUUCCUGGUGUGUGGUGUGAUCACACCACUAGGCUCCUGGUUUAAAAAAAAAAGCCUUUUGGGACCCUCUGUACAAAAGCCACAAGAAGCCUUAUUGCCAUUAUUUUGUUGGGGGAAGGGAUCCUAUGGCCUCAUGUUUGUAAUUACUGUAGUUAUAAAUUUUUGAAGACAUGGCUGUUGCACAUUUGAUUUAGGUACUGUAAUACAGCUGCUUAUUCACUGAGAGGAAACUGCAAGAAUAACUUGUACAGAACCAAAGACAUUCUGUCCUAGAGCAGCAACAAGAGCAUUCUGUGUGUUCCUUAUUGCCUCCCCUGCUCACUUUACACUCUCUUAAUCUGAAGUCCUGGUCAGUUUUUCCAUUGGACUGCUCUUGCAUAAGCUGUUCCCCCUAACAGCUCAUGCUGUGCAUGAGCAUCUUGUACUUUCUGGCUUUACAGAGUGGGUCACUGUAGGGACACUACCCUCUUUCAUGGAGGGGCU